AUGUCAGAACAGCCAGAGGCUCCUACUGAACUAGCUGGAAUCAGAGGCAGGAACAUUCUGAUUUUGACGCUACCAUUAGUCCAAGAGUCAAGGGGAGCUGCAGAUCCAUGGAGCACCGGUGGAGUUGCACCUCAAAACAGUUGGGCCCCUAACGAUGCUACAGCUGGAGCGAACCCCUCAGCUGGAGGAUGGAACGUUGCGGGAUGGAGUGACGAUCAAUCAUCUAGUGAUGAAGAGACGCAAGACGGAUGGACCGAAGACGAAAAUCCACCCAAUAAUAAUAAUAAUAAUGCAGCGGGCGGAUGGGUUAAUGGUGCGGCAGGAAGCUGGAAUGGACCACCUGGUGCUGCACAAGCAAAUAAUGUAGGAUGGAAUCAAAAUGCAGGAAAUGCUGCUGGAUGGGUAAAUGGACCUGCACAGGUUGCAGCAGUUCCUGUUGUAAGUAAUGGCCCGCCUCCACAAAAUGGAUGGGCACCAAAUGUUGCAUCGGGUGGAUGGAAUGCUGCACCUGCCCAAGGUGCAAACAAUAAUAAUGCUGGAGGGUGGCAAGCUCCCCAACAAGGCGGUGGUGGUGGCUGGGCACCGCAACAAGCAGGGGGACAACCGGCACCAGGUGGAUGGAAUGCAAAUAAUGCUCAAACCUGGGCUGCUACUCCGGGGUGGAAGUUGGAAUGCCGGGCCAGCAACCGGUGCCGGAUGGAACGAUGGGGGAGGUACAAGCUGGCAAGAUGCAGGACUGUCUUGGAAGGUUUAUAA